AUGGCGUCUCUGGCCCAGACACAGACCCGCACCCAUAUGGGCCACUCGCACCACCAUCACCACGACACGGCCUACCUCACGUCCUCCAACAAGAAUGAUGCCGGUGUGCGGAUAACUCGGAUUGGCCUCUACUCCAAUCUGGGCAUGGCUCUUGCGAAAGGGGUAGGGGGGUACCUUUUCAAUUCCCAGUCCAUGAUUGCCGACGCGUGGCAUAGCUUGACAGACCUGGCAAGUGAUAUUCUGACAUUGGCAACUGUGUCGUGGAGCUUAAGGCCACCGACUGCUCUAUUCCCUACUGGUUUUGGGAAAGUAGAGAGUCUUGGUUCGUUAGGAGUGAGUGGUAUGCUAUUGUUCGGAGGGUGCUUCAUGUGCAUGAAUAGUUGCGAGAUCCUAUACGCUCAUUUCUUCCUUGAUGCCCAUGCUGCUGCAGAGGCAGCAAUACACGCACACGGCCAUAGCCAUAUCCAUGCCGCAGUUGGUCCCAGUCUCCACGCAGCAUGGUUAGCUGCAGGAACAGUGAUCCUAAAAGAAUGGCUGUACCAAGCAACAAUGAAAGUAGCCAAAGAACGGAAAUCUUCAGUCCUAGCUUCAAACGCAAUCCACCACCGGGUCGAUUCUCUUACCGGUAUUGUCACUCUCUUUGCAAUUCUCGGGGCAAAUUUCCUACAUGAUGCAGCAUGGCUAGACCCCGUUGGUGGCUUCCUGAUAUCUCUCCUGGUGAUUAAGGCUGGUUGGGGUAACACUGUAUCUGCACUGUAUGAGUUGGCAGACAAAGGAAUUGACGCUGAGAUCAAGGCGUCUGUUACCAAGGCGGCCAAGAAAAGUUUGGCUAACUUGAGCACUGGCUCGGAAGUGGAAUUGCGCGAGGUCGAAGGUGUCAAAUCUGGACAGAACUAUCUUGUGGAUCUGCUACUUGCUGUCCCAAAAUCCUGGACAGUAGAGGACGUGAGAGAGGUUGAGGAUACUGUUAGAGGGAUGGUGGGUACAAAAGUACGAGGGGUACGAAGAGUCAAGAUUCGAUUCGUACCAAAAGAUGAACCGUCAACAUCUUUGUUUGACGAGUUCAUUAGUGGCGAGGUGACUGCACGGGCAGACCCAGAGCCAGAGCAUGACAAUAACCAUGACCAUGACCACGACCACGACCACGACCACGAUCAUGGUCAUCUUCAUGGUCAUAGUCAUAGUCACGAUCACGAUCACAACCACGGGCUAUCAAAUGGGAAUGGAAAUGGGAAGAAAAAUCUAUAA